UAACCUAUAAAUCUUUUGUGCAAUCUAGUGUUUUAUAAAAGAUUGUCAUUACAUUUGUUGUAUAAAUAAAUAAUUUCUCUAGUUUAUAAGCGCUUUUUUAAUUUGUCUUUAUGGCGUCAAAAAAGGUAUUUGAUCGGUGUUGUAAUCCUUUUGAGUUGGAAUCUCAUUUUAAAAAAAUUGGUUUACGUCCGGCGACUGAUAUUAUGAAAGUAACGUUAGGAUUAGAUGAUAAUUAUUUAUUAUGCAGUUCAUGUCGAAAAAAAGCUUCAGAGUUAGUGAAGCAACAAACAAAUGCUCGUAAUGAUCCUAGUGCUGAUGUAAGUGACCGUGAAGACAACUAUAGUGACAAUAAUGACAACAAUGAUCAGGCUGAUAAUGAUAGUAAUACAACUGCCACGGAUCUCCCAUUAUCCUUAUCAUUCCGUUCCAUGUCAUUUGAUAGCGAACCCAAAGCAUCACAAUCAAGCUCAGGAUCCCAAGUUAGCGCUGCAACUCAAUUACCCGUAAUAAACCAUGCAUUAGAAUUGUUAAAUCAAUCACCGAUUCCAUCGAAGAAAUUGAAUGAUAAUCAAUUUUUGAACAAUAAAAUAAAUCGGGUAUCUGACAGCUUGAAAAAAGUUUUGCUUUCUUCUUCAGAUGAAGAAUCGAUUGAUGACGAUGGUGAAAAUUUUUGCUCUCUAAUUAAAAUGUUGUAUGAUAAAUUCAACGAUAAAGAAACUGAUAAGUCUUUGAAAAUACAAAUUUUAACAUUAUUACCUGUAAAAUGGAGUGAGAGACGUAUUUGUGAAACUAUGAAUACAUCAAGACAUUUGUCAAGAGUAGCAAAAAAUUUGGUUGAAGAAACGGGUUUACUUUCUACACCUGAAUCGAAAUUAGGGAGGACAAUUACUGAUCAGGUAAAAUUAAAAGUUGAAAAUUUUUACAACGAUGAUGAGUAUAGUGCUCAAAUGCCCGGUAUGAAAGACUUUGUAUCAAUUCGAAGUGAUGAUGGUAAUCGGAUACACGUCCAAAAAAGACUUAUCCUGUCUAACUUAAAAGAAUUAUACCAAUGUUUCUGUGAAAUAAAUCCUGCUGAGAGAAUUGGAUUUUCAAAAUUCGCUUCUUUGCGACCAAAACAUUGUGUGUUAGCAGGGGCAAGUGGAACACACACCAUCUGCGUGUGUACGAUUCAUCAAAACGUGAAGUUAAUGAUGCUUGGUGCAAAUAUUUAUUCUUUGACAAGGAACACAGAAAAGCCCAUUAAACACUACAGCAAUUACUUGAGCAUGAUUAUAUGUGAAAAUCCAUCUUUUCAGUGUUAUUUAGGUGGAUGUAAAAACUGUCCUGGGGUCGAUGAGUUGAGUAAAAUUUUACUAAAAUGUUUUGAGGACCGGGAAAUCGAGAAUAUUACAUAUAAAUAUUGGAUGUCAAAACCGAGAAGUAGUUUAGAAACUAUUAUUAAGCCUACAGAAGAAUUUGUGGAAAAAUUUUGUAGUGAGUUAGAAAUUCUUCUACCUCAUUCGUUCAUUGCUAAGGAGCAAGCCCAAUUCUUGAAGACAUUGAAAGAAACAUUGAAACCAAACGAAUACGUUAUUAUUUGUGAUUUUGCAGAAAAUUAUGCCUUCGUAGUACAAAAUGCGGCAGCUGGUUUUCACUGGAAUAAUAAUCAGGCAACAGUUUUUCCAGUCGUUAUUUAUUAUAAAGUAAAUAACAAACUUGAACACAAAAGUUUAGUAAUUAUCUCAGAUUCUAACAAACAUGAUGCCGUUGCUGUUCAUGUUUUCAUCGAAAUAAUAACUGAUUACGUAAAAAGUCUUCCUGAACGUUGUAACAAGAUUUAUUAUUUUUCUGAUGGAGCUCCUCAACAAUUUAAAAACUUUAAAAACUUUGUAAAUUUAUAUUACCACGAAGAUGAUUUUGAUAUUCCUGCUGAAUGGCAUUUUUUUGCGACUGCCCAUGGGAAAGGUCCGUGUGAUGGAAUCGGUGGUAUUCUCAAACGACUUACAGCGAGAGCAAGUCUCCAACUCGCGGUAGACAAACAAAUAACGACACCAGAAGAAUUUUUUGAAUGGGCUUCUGCACCGGAUAACUUGCCGAAUAUUAUAGUGAAGUUUUCCCCAGAAGAAGAUUAUGACACAGCAGUAAAUGAUUUAAAUGAUCGAUUUUUGAAAACGAAACCGAUUACAGGAACUCAACAACUACAUUGUAUAAUUCCGGACAAAAAUGGUUGUUUACUAGUUAAAAACUUUUCGAAUUCGAAUGAACACAGAAUUUGUAAAAUAUUUAAACGACAGAGAGAAAAGUAAUUAAUUUUAGCUGCAUCAAUUAUUGAUCUUACUAAUUACAGUCAUCGAUGAAGCCUCUAAAUUGUGAAUGUAAUGCCGUAAAAUCGUUGAAUUGUAUUUAUCUCAUUAUAUAAAUAAAAUUUAUGAAAAAAAAUUUUUUUUCCAUUUUUGAAAAUUU